AUGGAGAAAAUGGAGGCCCAGUCGCGGAGGGAAGCAGCGGAGUGGAAGAGAAUGGGGGAGAGGGAAAAGGAAGCAGGCAGUGGUGGGGAGGGAGGAGAGGCGGCGGGGGGUGAUGAAGGCGGGUUAGAGACCUAUCCCCCGCUGACUCAUCUUCAGAGACAGCUGUCCAGAGCGCUGACCACUUUCAUGGCGGGCGGUGGAGGGAUUCCAGAGAGACACGGGGAGGAGGGGGCAGCAGGGAGCGACCGGGAGCAUUCCGGGCAGGACGAAACAGUGUCGCCUUUUGAGAGACGUUUCGUUGAGCUCAGGCCUCUGCUUACCCGCCCCCCUGGACUACUCACUUGCCGACCUUCCUUGCUGUUGCUGCUGGGGCACUAA